AUGCGAUGCAGCCCUCUGUCGUCGGCGCUGGCCCUUGGCUGCGCCGUCCUCGUCCUGUUUGGCCUGCCGUCGCCAGUCGACGCCGCCUUCAUCACCUUCGACAACUGCCUCGACGAGAACAUCCGCAACUCGAACCCCCUGCAUCUGCAGUUCAUCCCGCUCUUUGUCGACGCCCGCUUCAACACGUCUGACCCCAACCACAAUCUCAAUCUCACCAUCUACGGCAAUGUCAGCGGCCAGGCCACCCAAGGCAGCUACCCGCCUCCCGACGAUCCGCUAUGGUCCAAUCCGAACGACACGUUUGGCAAGAUAGUCGACCUCUCGCCCUCCAACAACAGAUACUCGACCCUGUUCCAGCGCUACCAGGUCCUCACCUUUGACGCCUACCAGGCCGAGCCCAGUCGCUUCUGCAAUUCGACCCUCAACGACUCGUGUCCCUUGGGCCCUUCUUUCUUUGCCGACUCUUACGAUCCCCAAGAGCUCUCGGCCUUUUCCGUGAGCCAUGACUUCUACAGUCCGUAUGCUUUCGCGACCAUUGCCACAACCAUUACUGCAAAGUCUGGUGAUGCCGGCGCUCCAGACAUUGCGUGCAUUUCUGCAAACAUCACCCCGGCUCUUGGGCAUACCUUGUCAGGCCUUUUAAGAUACCUCCCUGUCGCCAUCCUCAUACUUGUAGCUGUUGCGACCGCUGCUGCCGGCAUAUACUCACCGUGGGGCUCCACCGACCCCUUCAAGUGGACUACGAACUAUGGCCGUGAUCAGGAUCUGCUGCGUCUUGUGACGCCAGGCUUCGGUGACUGCUUACAAUACAUACAGUUUAUUUUCUUGACUGGCGCGCUUAGCCUCAACUAUCCUGGCUAUUAUGCACCCGUCACCAAGCAGGCGAGCUGGUCCGCUCUGCUUUUCAACUCAAGUUACGUCUCUCAUGGAGACGGUACCCAAUCUCUUCAUGAUGGAAUCUAUAUUACUAAUGGAACUUACGGCAUGACUCGCAUGAGCCAGCUGGUGGGAAUGACUGCAGUGCGCGACAUCUGGGCUUGUAUGGCUGUCUGGCUACUGGUCGUCGCAGUUGCCGUCGUUCUCCUCUGUCAGCUGGCCUUCCUUGUGCGCUGGCUGGUUCGCCUUCUCGCCAACACCCCAGAAGAGGAUCUUCGACAGAAGAACUGGCCUCUGAGUGGUGGUAUGGUAGUGCGCAUCAUCUUCAACUACUUCCUCCUACCCAUCGUUGCCAUUUCCAUGUUUCAAUUGAUAGUGGCGCCUCGCUCGCCUCCUUCGGUUGUCGCCAUGGCUGUUAUACUUCUACUUGCCAUCAUCGCCCUUGCCCUCUGGAUCCUCAACCUUAUCUUCCGCACGAAACCGCGUGCGUACCUCUUCGACGAUCUCCCAACCGUCUUGCUUUACGGUCCGCUCUACAACACUUAUUCUGACGAGGCGGCUCCCUUUGCUCUCAUUCCUGCCAUUCUUACGUUCAUUCGAGGUAUCGCCAUUGGAGCGGUACAGCCCUCGGGCAUUGCACAGCUGGUCAUUAUGGCCAUCUGCGAGGUUAUUCUUAUACUAACGCUCCAUGCGUUCCGGCCUUUCCACUCACCAACCCACAUGAACGCCUAUCAUACAUUCUUCGCUUCCGCAAGACUUGCGACUGUUCUCCUCAUGGUCGCGUUCGUGCCAUCUCUGGGUGUCACUGAGGCGCCCAAAGGAUGGAUUGGCUAUGCAAUUCUUUUGGUCCAUGGUAUAGUACUCAUUUUUGGUUUCUUUAUGAACGCCUUGCAAACUCUUCUAGAAGUCUUUGCCCGUAUGGCAGGUGCAGGAGGUGAUCCUCAACAUGGAGCACAGAGAGGAGGCUUGAUAUCGUUCGGUUGGCGUCAGCUUCGUAAGCGGCAACCAGGUAGGCAAGCAAACAGACCUGGUAGCAUGAUGUCUGAUGCUGCUAUCCUAGCCAACGACUCUGACGCCAAAUCUCUCAAUCUGAUGGGAGGACGUUCGAGAAGCAUGUCAGCCAGCUCCCAGAUGAUGCUUAGCCAGCAUUUGUCUGACAAUCGUGCUAGUGGCGGCUUCGAUCAGUUCGCUCAGUCCGAGUAUGCGUAUACUCCGACAGUGGAAACGCCGACUACCCCUUACAGUGCCGUUCCACCAUCCGGCGGCUCUGCUGCAGGAGCCGUCGGUUCUGGCAAGCGUCCAGUCUUGGGUAUCAAGACAGAACAGCCUCUUUCCGAUCCAUAUUAUCGAGCGCCUCGCCCGCGCAGAAACACCAACGACCCAUAUACUCCAGGUGCCAGAAGCCGACACUCAACAAGUGGUGAUUGGAACAGGCUACCAUAUCAAGAUUCUCCAGAUCAUUCGGGAGGUGUUGAUGAUCAUGGCGAAGGAGGCUCAAGUGUGCCUACAUACCUACGCACUCACCAUAGAGGUGGUUCAGAUCCAGACUUGGCAGAUCUGACACCUAGAGAGAGGACUGACUACGCUGUAAGAGAAGUCGAUUUCUACUAUGGCGUCAGAGGCCCAGCUCUUUCGAAUGCGCCAGCCAGGAAGCUCAAGACUGGACCCGCGGACCCUGUAGGUCCUGUUUCGUCUGCUACCACAUGGUUCCAGCGUCUUGUUGGUGGGAAACGAAAAGAUAAAGGCAAAGGGUUCGAAGUAGUCCGCAGUUCUCGCGUGCCUGCUAACAUGACACGCGAACCUUUGGAGGACGAGGAAGGGCAAGAACUGCAAACCUCGCCACCCAUGAACUAUCAGCCCUACUCGGAUUCGCCAGACCUACAGUCAAUGGGAGGUGCUCGUAGGUCCAUUAGUCCUGAGAGAUAUGGAGACAUGGGCAGUCGACUCGGCGGGACGUGGAACAACUUGGAAGUUGAAGAGUCGGACUCUGAGAGCGAUAUCACAGACACAAGACCAUCUUCACCACCAUAUCUACGACCUAUAUCUCGAACUGGUAGCAUCCGAUUCGACCAAGACGACAAGCCAGAGAGAGCACCUUCAAGUGCAACCGACAAGGACUAUUUCCCGGUAUCGCCACCACCACGUCACCCAUUCCAUGUCGGCAACAGCGUCGGCGAUAAUGGAAGGCCAACCAGCAUGGGUACGGUGCAACAACGUGUGACAAGUGACAGCGUCUAUCACAGUGCUGGAGUUGGUGAAGGAAGCAUAGCGGAGAUCGUAAGCAACGAUCGAACCAUGAGUAUGGAAUCUCGUCAAUACGCACCACGAUAG